AGUGCUGCGUAGAAGCUAUUUUGUUGUUGUUUGUUGUAGAAAAUGUGAGAAAAUGAAGAUAAUGGGGGAUCUAUUUGUGAAUAUUUAAGCUACUGCCGCUUGACAUUCUAUCAGGGCUCUCUGCAGUUUACAUUUCUUUGAACAAUACUAUCUUUAUGGGAAAUGUGGUUAUCCUUGCGAAAACUACAACACCCAUGCGUACCAACUUCUUUAUCACGAGCAGAAAUCUGUGUUUACACAAUGUCCUCGUUAGAAAUACUCUUGAACAAGUAACGUUAUCUAAUUUUCAACAAGGUUUUUACCGGUAACUACAAACAUGAACACCAUUUUUGCAGUACUUCUUGUUUUUGUUGGGUGCUGCAGCAAUGUUGUGUUUCUGGAGCUACUUGUAAGAGAGUUCCCAGGAUGUGGCAACAUUGUGACCUUUGCUCAAUUUGCCUUCAUUGCAUUGGAGGGAUUCAUCUUCGAGACGAACUUUGGAAGAAAGAAACCAGCCAUCCCCAUGAGCAACUAUGUGAUCAUGGUAACCAUGUUCUUCACUGUCAGUGUGAUCAACAACUAUGCCCUCAACUUCAAUAUCGCUAUGCCUCUGCACAUGAUCUUCAGAUCUGGAUCAUUAAUAGCUAACAUGAUCCUGGGUAUAAUAAUUCUGAAGAAAAGGUAUUCAAUGAGUAAAUAUCUCUCCAUAGCGAUGGUGUCUCUGGGUAUCUUCAUAUGCACCAUUAUGUCCGCCAGACAAGUGAACACAGGGGCCGAGGGCUCAGAGGAACAAGAUGUUUAUGCCUUCCUGCAUUGGCUGUUAGGGAUCGCCAUGUUGACCUUUGCUCUGCUCAUGUCUGCGAGAAUGGGCAUCUUUCAGGAGACCCUGUACAAGCAGUAUGGCAAACACUCCAAGGAGGCUCUCUUCUACAAUCACUGCUUGCCUCUUCCUGGGUUCCUGCUGCUGUCCUCAGAUAUCUACAAACAUUGUGUCCUCUUCAGUCAAAGCACUCCUGUAGAGAUUACUGUGAUUGGCCAGGCUGUUCCAGUGAUGUGGCUAUACCUACUGAUUAACGUAAUCACACAAUACGUGUGUAUCCGCGGCGUGUUCAUCCUGACCACAGAGUGUGCCUCUCUCACCGUGACCCUGGUGGUCACACUGAGGAAGUUCAUCAGCCUCAUCAUCUCCAUUCUCUACUUCAAGAACCCCUUCACCGCCUGGCACUGGGUGGGCACUGCCGUUGUCUUCCUGGGCACCCUGAUCUACACAGAGGUCUGGACUAGCGUCCGCAUGGCACUGAGAGGAAAAGAAGAGCUGAAAGAGAAGAAGGCGGAGUGAUACGCAGCACCGACGUAUCACUCAAUGACUCUUUUUUUUUUCACUUAAUCUUUCCUCAAUUCCCUGCAUCCUUUCUCCUUGCCUCCUUCUCAAAACGCAUUGGAGAAGAAGAUCUGGGGAGGGGCCUGAGACAUUCUCUUCCAAUAUGACUGAAAAGGAGCAGAGGAGAGAGGAUGCGAGGAAUCUCGAAAAGAGAAAUUAAGAUAGAGCCAAUGUCACAAGAGAGUGCCUCUGGCUGCACAGUUGUGUGUGUGUGUGUACUGUACUGUAUUUGUUGUAGGCGUGCUCCCCCCACCCCCUUCCCCUCUCUGCUGCAGUCGCAGUAGGACCACGUCCGUUUUUUAAUA